GUCGAUAUAAUAAAGUGAAACACUUAGGAUCGCGUUGAAAGCUCGUUAUUUUUAUGUUCACAAAAUAAAAUAAAAAAAAAAAAAAAACUGCAACACGAGCCUUUAUUGAACUUCACUUUUUUUGUUUCUUUAUUUUUUAAACCUAUGUGAGAUUUGAACACUUUCCAUAGUCGAGCGGUUUUAUCAGUUUCAACACAUCGCCUAUCAAUCCGCAGCUUUCAGUUUCGCUCCGCGCCCGUCUCCGAGCAAAACUACCUGUUAGCACCAGGAAAUUAACGAGUGCGACAUGGCUCUGCUGGAAGUGUGCGGCUACAGAGACGAGGACAGGAGCGCGGGUCCUUUAGGGGCCAGGGGGAGAUUCGUGGACAGGUCGAGCCAUUUCUCCUUCGGGGUGAAAACGGCCGAGUUUGCGGUGCCGGUUGGAGUUGAUCCUCAAGCAUUCCUCAGCCCCUACACUGCAGGGGAAGGAAACGUGAGAAUCCAUCUGAACCACGGCACCACCACCCUGGCCUUUAAAUUCCAGCAUGGGGUUGUGGUGGCAGUGGAUUCCAGAGCCUCUGCUGGGAACUACAUUGAUUCCAAGGAUGCGAACAAAGUGAUUGAGAUUAACCCAUACCUGCUGGGGACCAUGUCUGGAAGUGCAGCUGACUGCCAGUACUGGGAGAGACUGCUGGCAAAAGAGUGCAGGCUGUUCAAACUGCGAAACAAAGAGCGCAUCUCAGUGUGCGCCGCCUCGAAGCUGCUUUCCAACAUGAUGUGUGAAUACAGAGGGAUGGGGCUGUCCAUGGGAAGCAUGAUCUGUGGCUGGGACAAACAGGGGCCAGGCUUGUACUAUGUGGAUGACGAUGGGACCAGGCUGUCUGGACAGCUGUUUUCUACAGGAUGUGGCAGCAGCUACGCCUAUGGAGUUGUGGACAGCGGCUACAGAUACGAGCUGUCCGUAGAGGAGGCGUAUGAUCUGGGCCGGCGUGCCAUCGCACACGCCACCCACAGAGACGCUUACUCUGGAGGGGUGGUCAACUUGUAUCACAUGCGUCAAGACGGAUGGAUCAAAAUCUGCAAAGACGAUGUAGCUGAGCUUAUUCACCAGUAUGCAUUAGAAAACAAGUGAAAGCGGAGAAGCGCUGCAGCAACACAGCUGCACUACUACAAGCAAAACAAGAUCACACGAUCAGCAGCGUUUUAUUAAUCUGUGUCUUCAACUGCUCAGCUGUGCACAACACAUGCCUUCAAAUAAAGGAUCUCUGGUGUUGAAAACUC